AGAGGAAGGGGCGCUUAUUUUAAGGCCAAGUAUGCUGGCAGAGGAGGUCGUGGAGGUCAUGGUUCUGGAGAUGAAUCCCAUCCGACGCUUCCGCAUCAAUCCAGCUCUACAAAUACAUCUACCUGGGCACAAUUAUCGCGAACCUUAGACUCAAUUGAUGGACAGCAGUACGGUUGGUCGUCUGGACUCUCUCUACUGUCUGUGCUUUUCCUCAUCUUGUUUCANGGUUCGUACAAACGUCUACAGAAUGCACGUUUCCGACACAGCUCGCCGGACUUCACGCUAUCAAUAAAUCACGUCCAAGCAGAUGCAUACGCGUCGCCCUCGAAGAUCAGCGUGUCUAUGGAUUGGAGAACCACUGGCUUCCCCAACGAGUAUGCGGCAUCCGACAUCCGCCAGAUCGCUUUGGCCGACUACCUCUCCAGGACUGCUGCUGCCUUUAUCCGCACUAAACACAUGGACCAGUCUGUGGGUUCUGGAAACUCUGGUUGGUCCGGCCCCAAAGGUGGAGCUUUCACCAUCAACACCCCAGCCCAGGAAGUCUUGCCUCGUACCAGUGCUCUCAUCGUGCCUGGCGAAAACAAGAGCCUCGAGAUGCGUUUUACGGUCUCCUUGCCUGCUCGUGGCCGUACCAUUCUGGGCAGGGAAGCCAAAGCAAUCCUGUGUGUCAACCUCCCAGAGCUUGUCAANAAAACCAUGCUCUACACAUCUCAUGUGGCAGAUGAGCUCAAGACUCACAUUCACUGCGUGGAGGACCAAGCCUACAUGCGAUCUCAACUCGAAGCUAAGGGCUUGGUCGCUUUCGUUGGAAAUGGUUCGAUACUCCCAAGAGCUAGUGGUGCCUCCAGCCGCAGUAUGACCGGUAAGCACGUCGUGCCGUUUGAAUCGCCGCCUGAACUUGAAGUCUCCUUGAAACGUAAGCAUGGCCAUAAAGUACAUGGGAUGGGCAUAUCGAAGGGAGUGACUCUGCUCACUGGUGGCGGAUACCACGGCAAGUCGACCCUUCUGGAGGCCCUCCAGUUUGGGAUCUACAACUAUGUCCCUGGUGAUGGUCGCGAGUUAGUGGUCACCAAUCCCGCUGCUGUCAAAGUCCGUGCCGAAGACGGCCGCAGUGUCACAGGAACCAACAUCAGCGCCUUCAUCAAGAAUCUGCCAGGNAAAAGAGACACAGAUGCAUUCACAACCGAUGACGCCAGUGGUUCGACUUCGAUGGCAGCUAACAUCUCAGAAGCUCUCGAACUAGGAGCACAAGUCAUCAUGGUCGACGAAGACACUUCCGCUACCAACCUUCUCGUUAGGGAUGAGCGUAUGCAAACGCUCAUCAAGAACGAGCCGAUUACGCCUCUUGUUUCGAAGGUGCGCGCUCUAUACAACCAACAUGGCGUCAGCACGAUCAUUGUGGUUGGAGGACUUGGUGACUGGUUGGACGUCGCAGACAAUGUCAUUGGGAUGGAUUCUUAUGCUCCUUGUAUGCUCACCGAGGAAGCACAAGAUCUGAUUAAACAAGCGCCCAGAAAAGUCAUGCAAGACAAGAGUUACGGCUUGUUAUCCGACAGAAGUGUCGGCUUCCCGGCAGCAAUUCUCCAUGACAAGACUCCAUAUGCCAAGAGAAAGGACUUUAUCUCCAUCUAUGCUGACCGAGCGACGCAAGACCCAUCACAGACCGAAGCAGGCAUUGACAUAUCAGGUGUCGAGCAAUUGGUAGAAGUGGGUCAGACACGAACAAUUGCUCACUCGAUCCGUACGCUCGCUGCUGCGGAGGAUUCUGAAGGUGUCUAUCUAAAAGCGGCUCUGGUAGGCAUCGAGGCUGGAAUCGCUUUGGAGAAAGCGAUGCCUGAGAAGCUGCCUGGAGGAGAUCUCGUCGCAGUCCGUCGUUUUGAGGUAGGCGCAGCUGUCAACCGUGUUCGAGGCUUAGAGUCACGAGCAGCAAGGGCGGAGGCUCAGACGGGAGAAGGACCAAAGAAGAAGGCACGCAUUGACGUU